AUGACCAUAUCACCAAGAAAGCGUAACACGCUGUGCGUGUAUACCCCCAAAUCGCUACCAUCUCCUCAACCCUUCAUAAGCACCUUCGUGGAUUCACCAAGAAAGCUGGGCAACACGCUGUGCGUGUCUACCCCCAAACCGCUACCAUCUCCCCAUCCCUUGGUAAGCGCCUUCGACGAACCACCAAGAAAGCUGGGCACAUAUGCUCCAAAACCACCACCCCCAUCAUCUCCCGGGCCUCUCAUCGGCGUCCUCGACGAGCUCACCGAAUACUACGACAGCGAAAUCGCAGCGUGGGAAGCCAAAUGUAGUGAACAAAAAGCCUGGCUGGACCACGCUUCCGAACUCAUUGCCGAGUACGAAGAAGAAAGAAUUGCUGGGAUGGAGCAUAUCGGCUUCCUGACCAAGUCUCUGUACGCGUGCGAAAGAGAAAGGACUGCCGAUAGAGAAGAGAGAAACUACCUGACACAGUGUUUAUACGCUCUGACGCUAGUAGUAUCGGUACUGCUGAUUCGCUGA